AUGUCUGCGAACUUUGCUGCAAUUCAGCCAACUUCUGAGCUCGCCGAGGCGGAUGGAGCUCAAAGUCAGAACAAGACGGCUCAUGACUUGAUGCACACAGUAGAGUUUAUAUCCAUUCAUUUUUGACGUUGACGUUUUUCAGAAAGAGCCUAUUCUUCCAUCCAACAACAUCACUGCGAGAGGAUUGAAGGUAAGCUAGUUGGCAGUAGGAAUAAUCAAAAACGUGUGUUUCAGAGAGCUCUCACCGGAGAUGUGGAUCCGACUCUUGGUACUGUGCCGAAACAGAUGAAGACUGCCCGCACACCGACAGAGAGCGAAGGGAAUGAACCGGUGGCGGACACUUCUGAGGUGAUGGAAGUGGACGUUGAUUCGAAGGACCCGGCCGCCGAUCAGAAUAAGGCGUUGGUACUGUUUUGUGGAGGUAGAAUGGAAAUUGUAAGCGAUUUGUUCUAGCUAUUUUCUCAAUUUCCGGUUUCCAGGAGAUAUAUAAUCCUAUCAAAAAGGCUCUGCUCGGGAUAGGGUAUCUUCCGUUCAUUAGAGACGACGUCAAGAUCGACUUGGCAGAGCUUCUGGAGCUGGCGGAUCGCGAUAUGAUAGAGUUCCUGAAGCCACGAGAGUACGCGAACUUCUACCGUCAGGAGGUAAACUUAUAGUUUGGUUGAGAAAUCAGAGAUACGCGAUAGUUUGAAAAAAAAAAGUUAUAACCGAGCAUAAAAUUUUAGAUCUUGCCGGCGUUCGCAAACUGGCAGGUCUUCAAAGAACAACCAGGCUUCUUCUUGGACAGAAACGCAGACUCAUUCGAAGUGCCGUGGUGGACAAGACAUGGAGGAAUGGUUGAAGAACCAGUGUCCCCCAGACCGGAUAUAUUUCCCCAUCAGCAUUUGAGAUGCAUAUUCAGGUGGGCUCUGAAAAGAUGUAUUAAAAUAUCAACGAGUAACGUUUUAAGACUAUUGGACGAUAUCAAUCUUCACGAGAAGUUGAGUGCUCCCAUGCAGAACCUUAACAAACUGCUUGAGGAAAAAUUAUCGAAAAUGGAGGAUAUGGCGAAGAUUUACGAGACAAUGAUGGAGGAGCGCGACAAUACGAUCACCUUGUACAAAAAUGCGCAUGAAACGCAGGUUCGGGAUGCCGAAGCUCUCACAAAUGCUUUCGAUGCACUGCAACAACGGAAUCAGCAGCUCACUGAGACAAUCGGCGCUCUUCGCGUCGUAAACAUCCAACUGCAAACGAAUCUUCGCGCGGAAACGAGAAGAAGAGAACAAUAUGAGCGUCGACGCCGUUUCAGGGUAAUUGUCAAUCUUUGAGAACAUUUGCUGAAUACGCAACUUUCAGAGAAGAGGAUUCAUUGAGGAAAGUGACGACGACACGGAGAGGGAGGAGUUGGACGACCUCUUCGGACCUCCCGGACGCCGUUAUCUGUGA